CUUGAGUACCGGCUGCUGAGGCUGGCCCAUCUCCUCCUCCAUCCUGACUGCAGUCUCCUACCGCAGGGCUCAGGAUGCUGUUGCUGCAAGCUGUUCUGCUGCUCUUAGCCCUGCCCAGUCAUGGGCAGGACAGCACGACCGAAAGUCCAGGAAUCCUGAUUCCUGCACCCAAAGGGGCCUGUGCAGGUUGGAUAGCAGGCGUCCCGGGGCAUCCUGGGCACAAUGGCACCCCAGGCCGUGAUGGCAGAGAUGGAACCCCCGGUGAGAAGGGUGAAAAAGGAGAUGCAGGUCUUGUUGGCCCUAAGGGUGACACGGGUGAAACCGGAGUGACUGGAGCUGAAGGUCCCCGAGGCUUUCCAGGAAGCCCGGGCAGGAAAGGAGAGCCCGGAGAAGGUGCCUAUGUCUACCGCUCAGCAUUCAGCGUGGGACUGGAGGGCCGGGUCACCAUCCCCAACGUGCCCAUUCGCUUUACUAAAAUCUUCUACAAUCAGCAGAACCACUAUGACAGCACCACGGGCAAAUUCCGCUGCAACAUCCCUGGGCUGUACUACUUCUCCUACCACAUCACCGUCUAUAUGAAGGACGUGAAGGUCAGCCUCUUCAAGAAGGACAAGGCUAUGCUCUUCACCUAUGACCAGUACCAGGACAAGAACGUGGACCAGGCCUCUGGCUCGGUCCUCCUCCACUUGCAGGUGGAUGACCAAGUCUGGCUCCAGGUGUAUGGCGAUGGCGACCACAAUGGGCUCUACGCGGACAAUGUCAACGAUUCCAUCUUCACUGGCUUCCUUCUCUACCAUGAUACCGAAUGAUCACCACUGCCGCCAUGAGCCCAGAAGUCAAUCAAAGAGUCAGCAGGCUUUCAGCAUAGUGAGGAGAUUGAGUUGAUUGUCUAGUUGGAGGGCUCUGAACAUUGUUCACCCAUUACUCAUUCAUUUACUCAACUCAUCCAUGCAGCAACCUUUAAACAAAACAAUAGAUACACUAUGUACCCAGUUCUAAAGUAGGCAUGCUCCCUGGUCUCAAAGAUCUCUCAUGCAGCAGUAAUAAAAGACUAAGAGGGACAUUUACUGAGGUGCUUCACACACGACCAAGUCGCCUACACAAGCAAGUACUCAGAGGUGACAAAGCUGUGUUCCACUGCCUCUCUUGAUGUUCAUGCUAAUCCUAUAAGGUGCAUCUUUUACACAGCUGGGGUCCUGAGGCUGAGAGAGUUAACAGAUUGUCUAAGGUCGAUGGGUUUUAAGUGGCAGAGCUGGAAAUCAAGCUCAGAGACGUGGACUUUUCUACAGGCUGAGUCCUUUUGUAGAAGCUCAUGGUCUCUGUGGAGUGUUGACACCUGUCUGUUGCCUCUGGACUUGUCAUCAGGAGUUAAGACUUCCCCUACCUAGCAGAGCUCCCUCAGAGACGGUGGUUCAAGGCUACUCAGUGGUCCCCCCACUGCUGCAUAUUUCCUCUUCUCCAUGUCUCUCCUCACACUCUUCCCCCUGGCAGGCAAAACCAACUCCAUCUCCACAUGCUGAACUCCUUCCCCGCUUCUUGGGGCCACCUGGCCAGGAGCUUCUCUAAUAUGACACCUCUUUUCCAUAAGCCUUUCUUGCAUGCUGUGCCUCCUGGGCCCUUUUAUGUUUUACCCUGGGUGAGAGUCCUAGGUGUGGGAGAUACCCCCUUCUGGGCUAGGAAGUACAGCACUUCCUCCACCUCUGAAUCCCUUGAAGGCCCUUGAUGAAUGCCGUGUGAAGACCAAUUUCUCGAAUCCCAUAUCUACCUAGAAUUAGCUCCAUUUCAGUCUCUCCAUCUAACCAAUCCUCAUCCACAAAAAGCAUUUUCAUUUGAGGAGCUCCCUGGUUUGCUGUUCAGCGGGACAGCUUGAAUCAUUCCCAGUGAGUUUAGAGAUGAGCAUGCUUUCCAGAACACUUAAGGAAUUUUUCCUCAAAGAGGUAGCUUGAACCUGAAAUACAAAGCUCAGGGAAGAAUUUGGAAACCAGUAUUGUUCUAGAGUCCCAGAAAGAUUGCAAAAGACUGGACCUCCUGAAUUUACUCUUAGUCUUCAAGAACUGCAGGUGGAUUUUUUGGUACUUAGUAUCUAUCCUCUCUGUCUUCCCUCCCCUUCCCCUUUUGGGCAAUAGGGACUUCUAUUCUACUGUCUAUUUCUGUGAUCAACUUUUUUAGCUUCCACAAAUGAGUGGGAACAUGGAGUAUCUGUCUUUCCUGUACCUGGCUUAUUUCACUUAACAUAAUGUCAUUCAGUUCUCUCCACAUUGCUGUAAAUGAGCGAAGUAGUUCUACUGUUAUAUGGCAUGGUAAGUAAUGACAGUCUAUAGCUAUUACACAUUUCACAAUAACUGGAGGAGAAAAGUUGGAAGGUUCCCAACACACAGAAGCAAUAAAGUCAGGAGAUGGAAAUGCUAAGGACUCUGACUUGAUCAAUACACGUAGACAUAUAUCAAAUUCAAAUCCUCUAUCCCAUAAGUAAGUGCAAAUAUUAUAUGUCAGUUAAAAAGAAAAAUUUUAAAAAUGAAUGACAGGUGGUUGAUGAUAGCAAACAUUCUCCCAGGAGACAAUCAGUUGAGUGAUGCUCUUCAAAGAUUUUAGCAGGGGCCGGUGCUGUGGUGUAGGGAAUAAAGCUGCUGCCUGUGUUGCCUGCAUCCCAUAUGGGCACCAGUUCAAGUCCCAGCUGUUCCAUUUCUGAUCCAGCUCCCUGCUAAUGCACCUGGGAAAGCAGCAGAAGAUGGUCAAAGUGCUUGGGAGCCUGCAUCCAUGUGGGAGACCCAGAUGAAGUUCCUGGCUUUAGAUUGGCCCAGCUCCAGCCAUUGCGGCCAUUUUGGAAGUGAAUCAGCAGGUGGAAGAUUUCUCUUUCUCUCUGGCUCUCCUUCUUUCUCUAUCUGUAACCCUGUCUUUCAAAAUAAAAUGAAAUGCAUCAUUAAAAAACAUUUAGCAAAAGCAGUGUGAAUAAUAUCCUAUAUAAAUAUAGAAAUAUUUUGCUUAUUGUUGUACUUUCUGAAUGCUUCCUUUUUUAUGUGUAUUAC